CCAGGGACGGCUUUACGUGAUGGCGUCACCACGUCGUGCGUAAGCUUCUGCUCCUAUGCUAAGUGCUAGCUAAGCGGCUACUUUCUGUAGCGCUGCCUGCCUUCUGUUGUUUGAGGGACGCUAACUAGAAAUUUUAGUGAACUUAUUUAGGAAACCGUUAACAGUCUCCAGAGCGCGCCUGAGUGUCGGGCCGUCGCCAUGGCUCUGCAAGGCCCGGAGGAGUUGGGGGAGCAAGUCGAAGAGCCGGAGGAUCUGGACGACCAGGACGCUAGUAGCAUCUCCCCGGCCGAGGAGAUAACUCUGCCCCCCGGGCCCGGAGGCGACGAGGAGCCGGAGGAGGCUCUCCUACUGCCCUGGGACCGCUUCUCCGCCUGGCUGCACUGCAUCUGUGUGGUCGGCUUCGACCUGGAGCUUGGACAGGCGGUGGAGGUUAUUUAUCCUCAUCAUUCCAAACUGUCAGAGAAAGAGAAAACAAGCAUCUGCUACCUUUCCUUUCCUGACUCCAACUCAGGUUGCCUUGGCGACACCCAGUUCUGCUUCCGCUUUCGUCAGGGUUCCAACAGGAAGUCAUCACUCGGCUGCUUCCUGGAAACCACCGACCGGGACGCACCGCCCUGUCUGAAGAGGGAACAGGGGCAUUACUAUGGUUACGUGUACUUCCGUCAGGUGCGAGACAAAUCCCUGAAGAGAGGAUACUUCCAAAAGUCUCUGGUCCUGAUCAGUAAGCUGCCCUAUGUGACCUUCUUCCACUCCCUGUUGAAGAUCAUGGCUCCAGAAUACUUCGAGAAACAGGAGCCCUGUCUGGAGGCUGCUUGUAACGACAUAGACCGCUGGCCGACGCCCCAUCCUGGACGAAUCCUCACGCUGCCCAUUAUGGGCGUGGUCAUCAAGGUUCGCAUCCCAACCUGUUAUGACAAACCAGGAACGUCACAGCUGGUCCAGUCUGCCCAGAGUGACAGUCAGGUGUCCAUUGUGCUCCCAACCAUCCAUGAAGUCGACCUUUUCAGGUGUUUCUACCCGGUCUUCUUCCACAUCCAGAUGCUGUGGGAGUUGGUGUUACUGGGGGAGGCACUCGUCGUUAUGGCGCCAUCACCAGCGGAGUCGUCGGAUACCGUGCUGGCAUUGGUCAGCUGUAUCUCUCCUCUGCGUUACUGCAGUGACUUCCGGCCAUACUUCACCAUCCACGACAGCGAGUUUAAAGAGUACACCACCAGGACGCAGGCUCCGCCGUCAGUCAUUCUAGGAGUGACCAAUCCCUUCUUUGCUAAAACCCUGCAGCACUGGCCGCACAUCAUCCGCAUCGGAGACAUGAAGCAAGCAGGAGAGAUGGCCAAGCAGAUGAAAGUCAAGAAACUGAAAAACCUCAAAACACUGGACUCUAAACCUGGUGUUUACACUGCAUAUAAGCCGUAUCUCAACAAAGAUGAAGAAAUCAUCAAACAGCUUCAGAAGGGUGUUCAACAGAAGAGACCCUCAGCGGCCCAAAAUGCAAUUCUUCGACGCUACUUCUUAGAACUGACGCAAAGCUUCAUCAUUCCUCUGGAGAGGUACGUGGCCAGUCUAAUGCCUCUCCAGAAGUCCAUCAGUCCAUGGAAGAGUCCUCCUCAACUCCGACCGUUCAUCCAGCAGGACUUCAUGAAGACGCUGGAGAAAGCUGGACCUCAGCUCACAUCCAGACUGAAAGGAGACUGGAUAGGACUCUACAGGCAUUUCCUCAAGUCUCCAAACUUUGACGGCUGGUUCCGCAACAGGAGGAGAGAGAUGACACAGAAACUGGAGGCUCUGCACCUUGAGGCGCUGUGUGAGGAGGAUCUGCAGCAGAGAGUCGAGAGACAUUCAGAGGUGGAGACCGUUGAUCUGGUUCUGAAGCUGAAAGAUAAACUGAGUCAGGCGGAGAGGGAGCAGCUACCGGUGCGUCCAGGGACUGUGGCCAAACUGAGGGCCCACAUUGAGGCUGUCAUCCUGGCCUUACCAGAGGACCUGCAGGGCAUCCUCCACAAGCCCUCCACACCCUGACCUUUAACCCCUCGGUCUGCAACUCUAACCCCAGUUUGAGCUUGUUUUAAAGUUUGGGGGGGUAGUGGGUCUCCUCCCAGUUGGCUCCUAGGUGGAGCUCAGACUGGGUCGCUGUUUGAGGAACUCUUCUGGUCUAAUAUGGAAAGCACACAGCACAGUUUAUGUUUCCUAAAAUGUACAUCUUCAUUUAUAUUUACCUUUUUUCCCUCAAAACCACUACUCACCACUCAGUGGAAUUCAGACUAAACGUGUCCCUCACGCCUCAGUGAUCAUGUGGUAUUCAAACAACCAGCCGGACCAGCUGGACCAGGCCGGAGCUGCCUGACAUAAACUAAAGAAAGGAGUGCUUGAUGCAUUUCUAAUUCAUCACAGCUUUGCUCUUUCAGCAUGCAGCUCAGUACCAGAAGUUCAUCUGAGCCUUUGGUGGCCUGUGUGCAAAGGGAUUUGUCAUCACCUUGGAGGUGAGAGCAGGAAGAUGAACCCAGCUGACCUUUUAACCCUCAGCAUUUUUACCUCCUGACGUUUUUAAUUUUUACUUUUUUAACUUGACGAUGGACUGCUGCUGUCCGGCGGAACUAACUUUAAAGUUUUUCAUCCAUUUUAAAGAAAUGUUUUUAAAACAAGUGCACUUCAUUGCUAACUGGACCAGUGUGCCCUUCACACGCACGCACACACGCACACUUUUAUGCAAACGGACUAACUCUAGCAGAGCCAAGCAGUGCUUUAUAAUUCAAUUUUACUAAAAUGUUAAAACACACACAGAGCAUUAAGCACCAGCGACCCUGUAAUAACUGUCAAUGCAGUAAACGCUCUUGUCUCGUGUGCUGUAGAGCAGUGUGCUCAGGAGCCAGUCACAUCCUUGUAUCCAUGUCACAUGAUCUUUGUGUAGCCUAUCAUAAAAGUCCGAGGAAAUAUUCAAAAUUGUCCUGAAAUGUUGAGAAAUAUUGGUGUGGGUUGUCGUUAUAUUUGGAUUCUUCUGAAGACUGAAUCCACUUGUGUGUCACUUUUGUUGUGUGAAAACGUGGUUGUAUUUUAGCUGACUGAUUCUGAGCUCCUCUGAGGGUUGAGAAAAGUCUUUGGCCCACUGGACUGUGAAACUCUAUGGAGAGCCAUUUCCACCAAGAAAGAAAAAAGCAACAGAAAUUUUAAAAAUACCCAUGGUAAAUCAAAAUUAAGAGAUAUACGAAGACAAAAUUAUAAGACAUGAAUUACAUUGUGACAUGACAUUGUCUCUUAAAUUAAAAUUAUGAGAUCUUAAGUUAUAAUUUUGAAUUAAAUCAAACUUAUGACAUUGUAAUCUGUAAGUAAAUAACUGUCAUGAUAUGUCAGAAUUUUGACUUGUUCUUAAUAUUUCAUAAUUCUGACUUAGUCACAAUUAUUAGUCAUCAUUUUAAGACAAGAUUUUGAAUUACUAUCUUAUAACUUUGACUUAGUAUUAAAUUUUUUGACUUAUCUUGAAUAUUUUAUUUUUGUCGUUCCUAAUAUUUCAUCUGUUUGUUUUUCCGGGGAUGGUCUUUUAUAGUGAAACCCUUUGAAACUUUGAUAAACUUGAGCUCAGUGCAAUACUGCUUUCCUCCCUUUCUGGAAAGUUUUCACAGGGCAGCAGUGACACAAGAAAUGCAUUUGGGAAAUAUCUACUUUUUGUUUCUAGUUCACCAUUUAAAAUGACUAAAUCUGGCGAAUCUAAUUGAAUUAAUUGCGGUCUUAAGGCUUUUAAUAUUUUUUAAAAGUUACUUUUGAGGAGUUUAUUUUGUGCUGUGCAUCAGUUUGUAAGAGCAGGUUUUUGAAUGGAGGAAGUUAGAUUUUGUGAUGAAAAUCAAACUUCUUUGGUGAAUGAACUUGGCUACUAAAACAUUUAUAUACACAGAUGAACCUGCUCUCACACUUCCUAAGCUGCUCUUUCAGACUCAGCUGACAUGUAUAUUUGGGACAGUAAUGCUAAAGUGACAGUAACGGCAGGUUUAUACUUCGUAAAUGUUACAUAAAUUAUGCAAAGUCAACAGUGUCAGCGACAGAUUUUGUAAUCUCACAGACGAUGUUGUUUGUGUCACACAGCUGUCACUGGGUGUGUGAUUACGUUUUGAGAAAACAGACGAUGAUAAAAUGUCUCCCUCAUGUGCUGGUAUUAAUUUCUCUGAAUGUAAAAAGAAAAUAUAUAAACGUGGGGCGAGGCCUCUGGUUGCAGUAGUAGUAACAGUGUGUACUGUUGCUGACAAAUUAUUAUUAUUUGAGCUAAAUCUUAUAUAAUAUGACGCAGUGAUCACAUUUUAGCGUUGCAGUGUAAUCAAAAUGAGAAAGUUAAGGUUUAAGAUGAAUUAUGUUUCCUUUUUUUUCAGUUGUAAUGAGACACUUGUACAGUAUGUUCCUGACAGCAGUCAAACACUGACAUAUUUAUAGAAAUUCAAAAUGUCUUCCAGAGGCAAUACAUUUCAAACCCAAAUAUGGAGUUAAGUAUGGAAGCCCCUUUCUGCCAGGGGAAAAAGUUAGGAAUGAUAAAAACAAUAUCCUAAUUCUUAGAUACUAUUUUCAUAAUUCUGAUUUUAAGUGCAUAAUUGUGAUUUAGUAAAUCAAAUUUGGCUUAUUAUUUUAACAUUUUGACUUAGAAAGUCACAAUUUCAAGUUAGUAUCUUGUAAUUUUGAUGUAGUAUCACAAUUUUGAUUUAGUAAGUCAAUAUUUGGACUUGUGUUAAUAAUUUUGACUAAAAUAACCAUAAUUUUGAGUUGGUGUCCUGUAAUUUUACUUAAUAAAUCUUGCUAUUUUGACUUGGUACAGUACAUUAAAAUCUUGAUUUAAUUUUGUCAAGACCUAUAAAGUCAUGCUUUUGACUUAGUAAAUCUCAUAAUUUUGACUUAUGUCAUAUUGACUAGAUCAUAAUAUAUUAUGAUUAUAAUAUAUUUAUAUAAUUCUAAACUUUUUUUUUCCUGGCAGAAAUGUGUUUCCGUACUUAGGUGUAAUUAGUCCCGCCUCCACACACCUACAUUGAGUUACUGUGAAUAAAUUAAAAGUACAAACUGUCAGAGCUGAAAACGGAUACAGUCAGAAAAAGUCCUGCAACAAUGGCUAAACAAUCAGACACGUUUUAACCAGUGUGCUUUUAGGAGUGCUUAGUAAACUGUAUGGUGGCUUGUGUGCAUCUGAGAAAAUGGGGAAAAAUCAACACUACAGGUAGCAUCGUUUUAACUGAUAUUCAACAGAUGGAGCAGCUUUUUGAUUUGGGUUAAAACGAUGCAGGUAAAAUGAAAGCAGAACCAAAGAUUUGAUAAGUUAGUCUCAUUCUGAAUGAAUGAAGACUCGUUCCUGUAAAGAUAAUAAGAGCAAUGCUUAUUUAACUGCAGCUCGAGGCUUUGUUCUUACACUAAACUAAAUUUACUCUGCUGAAGAGUAAGACUCUGACAAAAAUUGGCCUCUGAUCACCAUCCUGCUCAGGAUCAGUGUUGCCUUCAGACAAAAAAUAUUGCUGAUGUCUGUUUCAAGUGUUUUCUGAUGAACAAGCAAACUACACAGAUGCAUUGUAAAAAAUAAAAACCAACACGAAGUCCUGUAAAAUACAAGAAACUACCGACAAACUCUCACUUCUAACAAAGGGAUAAUUAGCACUGGUGGGUCUAUCAAAGCAUCAUUUCACUGCAUGUUUUGGCCCAUUAACUACAAAUUGUGUUUAAUUUGCAUAAAUCCACUUCAGACUAAACUAAACAUUUCAGUUUCAGUGAACUUUGAGCUAAGUUGUCAAAAUCAAAUCCUCAACAAAACAAAAUUAAACAUGGACAUCGAGAAAAGAAUAAUGUGAAAUUUAUUGUAAUCUGUUCUUGCAGCCGGCUAAAAUUUUGAAGUUAAAGGGCCAAAACAUGCGAAAUCAUCUGUCUUUGAAAUUACAAUUUUUCAACUCAAAGCUUCUUUAGGUCUGAUUUAUUUGAAUUCAGGAACAUUUCUGGACACCUAACAACAAUGUAAAAAUUAACAAAACCAUAUAUAAUGACAGCAAUAACAGCUUAACAGGUCAUUUAAUUGGUUAUAGUAAUUUGUAUUUUCAGAGUGUAAAUUACUAUUACUGUCACUUAUUAGCAGAAGAUUUGUAUUUUCUGAAAGUGUAGAUAGUGUUACACAUAAUUGCACAUACAGUUAUUUUAUGUUUGCAUUUUUCAAAAUAUCAGUUAAAAAUGUUAAAUGAACCUGUUGUCAAACUUUUGGAUUGUCUUUUUGUUUUUGUUUUUUGUCAUUUUCCUUUGAGCAUCAUGUAACACUUUGAAAUUUGCCUUUUUUUGUCAAGCAGAUAAUUGUAAAGAAAAAUAACAAAUGUAUGCUGGUUGGAAAAACCUGUGACAUCUGGUUGUUGGGCAACCAUGUAAAUUUUAUAUUUGUAAAAAAAAAAAAAAAACAACAACCACCUUAUUUUAACAACUUUGAAUUUUUAUGGAGGGCUAUUCCACUCUGUAGAGAAAGAAGAGUUUUGUACAUAAUGCUGUAAAGUGAAAUAGUCGCCCAGAUAUGACGUACAAUAAUUAUUUUGCUAUUACAACAGAUGUCUUACUAAAUACAGAGAUAUAAAUAAGAAUCGCUCCAUAAAUGUGUUCAUUUACCUUUCUUUGAAUAAUUACAAUGUUGUUGAGACACCUUGACGUUUUGAAUUUGUAGUUUGUUUGUUAACAGACACUGUGGGAAUGGAAAGUUUUAGUAUUUCUCUUAGCGAGGUGUUUUCAGGAUCAGUUAACAUUGUCACCAUUAUGUCACAUCACUGGUUAACCACUGAGUAACUAUUUUGCUAAUGUCCAGCUAUUUAUUGGUGUCAAUGACCAUAUGUUCUUAUAAAAAUGUGAUUUAUAAUGUAAUUAAAAGAACCUAAUACCAGAAAACAUUGAUAUGGACAAUUAACCAAAACCCUAGAUUACAUUCAAAUAAUGUUUUUAAAAUAUGUUUUUACAACUUUAUCAAUCAUCUAACUAUGGUAUGGUUAAGGU